GAGAAAUCAGCUGAUUGCUGUGUUUCAAACAUGGCGCUGUUGUGUUGUGGUGGAAUGACAAUAUUUUGCUUAUUUUUUAUUAACACUCGUUUUAGCAGAUAAUAUAUGGUGGGCAUGAAACGAAUGUUUUAAUUCAGAAUUAAUGAAGAACAUAAAAUGGGCAAACUAUGUUACUAUCUGCGCCAUGGAAUUCUGAGUAUUGUCACAGGGCUUCUACACGAAGACGAACAUGUUGAUCCCGUGGAAAGGGCUGUUGUAGAGAAGUUACUUUGGUGUGCUGCUAGAGAUACGCAUAAUGAAUGCAUUUCAUCUCGAAUUCUUAGAUGUCCAUGGCAUAAAAGUUGGCUGGCUGCAGUACUUAUCCAGACCGCAAAACUUUUUGUCGCUGAUGGGAAUAUUGUGACAAUGAAUGAAGUGGAAGUCAUGAAAAAAGAAACAGAAUUCCAUUGUAUUUUAAACAGUUUACCACAAGCCAAAUCACAUUGUAACAUCCUUGAGGAGCUUUUAUGUCUUUAUGGUCAGGUUGUUCGAGCAGAUCGUGUGAUGUCUCCACUUCAGAGCCUAUCAGAAGAUGCACAUAGCUUCAUAUGUGAGAGCUUGUUACUAGAUCCAGUGACUACAAAUUCUGUAAUUCAGCAUUUGUUGUGUGUGUGGUGCCCUCAUUUCUUGCAUAUAGAUGGUGAAUUGCAGAACAUUUACACAGAAGCUCUUGAAUUAUGCAUUUUGGAAUUGGAGAACAGAAACAGCAGGAUGAGUAUAAAUAAAUAUGUCCUCACAUAUCCCACAUGUGAUCAGAGUACAGAAGACCUGUGCAACACAGUGGUGUGUAUUCUUUCUUUACUUGAGUUGUCAGAAGAUAAAGAAAGGAAACUUGUUGAACGCUUCUGCUGUUGGCUGUUGGAUUUAUGUGAAUCAGGACUUAUUUCUCGACAACUCUUGUUCCUGGGUGUUGUAUCACGGAGAAAGCUUAAACUGACUACGCUGCUCAUGAAUGCAGAGGAUGAAAGAUAUAAGAGAUGGAGUGCUGUCAGUGAUACACUGGUCCUUAAGGGAAUUUGUGGUAAAUUGUUAGAUUCAUUUGGCAACAUACAGAUUGAAGAAAUGUUCCUGCGUGUUAUGAAACAAGAAAAACAUUGGAUUGAGGAUAUUGUGGAAAUAUGUAGUCACCUUGUAAUGUGUAGUGACACUGAAGUUGUGAAGAAACUUUUGUCCCAUCACACAAUAAGUAAAUUGUGGCCAUUAGUACUGCUUCAAGUAUGGCAGAAUUUUGCAGAUAGGAAUGAAAUAUUCUUGGUUUUGAGCUUUCUCCUUGAACAUUGCAAGAAAGUUAUCAGUGACCCAGUUUUUUCCUCCCUGUGCUCUGUUGUGGAUCACCAGAUAUUAGUAAUGCAGUGGUGUAGGAAGCAUGGUCAUAGAUAUUCUUUUAACAACAGAGACUUUUUAGAGCUGACAAAGGAACAUAGUACCCUGGAGGUAUUGCGGAGAACUGCAAGUUUGGAGGAUCUAGAGUUGAAUGAAGCUAGAGUGUUACUUCUGAAUAAUGAGCAAGUGUUUUCGAAUGUAAAUAAAGUACAUGAUGAAACUGGAGGAAAUUCUUGGGAGGUUACAACGUUUGAUGGUUUCUGUAUCAUGAAGAAGGCUUUCACUCUUCUUCAGGCAUCAAUGGAAAUUGAAGAACUGAUCAUACCGAGGCAUCCAUCUACAGAAACAGGUGGUGAUGUUUUCAGUCCAGCUACAAUAGAAGCACUGUACAAAGACAGAGUAACAAAAGAACUGCAGGAAAUUAGAACUAUGUUGUGUCAGUUGUUCCCAUUAAACUUCAGGGUUGAAAUUCUAGAGAAUAUAUUUUCAUUACUAUUUUUGAGAUAUGAAGAUUUCCAAGAAGAGACUUCCUCAGAUAGUGGAGCAAAUGAUGAUGAUGGGGAUCAUGAUCCAAGAGUUCAUAAAUCAGAAAUUAUUUCCAAGUUCAUUGAUGAUGCAGGUUAUAAAAAUUUGGAAGGAACUGACAUGACUCACAGUAUGACCAGUUUCCAGCAAAUAGGUGAUGUAUCCUCAUCAUUGCGGACAAUGCCUGUUAUAGAAGCUCAUGUGACUGGGUCUCCACCAUUAGAACAUUCAAAUGCGUUUUCUGAUGAAGCUGUGUGUCAGUUAUCUUUGAAAGCACAUGAUAUAUCCUUGUCUCCUUCACAAGUCAAGGAUAUGUCAUCAUCUCUUUCAAAAAUCUUUGUUGAAUCACCUGUGAACAUCUCUAGUCAACAAACAGAUAUGCAGAAAUAUUCAUCGCCAGUAUCUAAUGCAUUUAAUAAAUUAUCAAAUUCACUGCCACAGUUUGUAACUACUUCACCAUCUGCCAGUGACAAACAUAAUUCAGCUCCAAACACAUACAGAACAGCAGAAGUUCCCACUAUAGACUCUGUUCGAUCAGCAUCAUUGUCUUCAAAUAUGACAUCUGAUUUUUCAAAAUUAGAAACAUGUGGAGACAAACAUCAGUAUGCAAAGGUACAAGAACGAAGAAAGUCAGCAAGACACAAUCAUUCUGAGAAUGCCAGUAUAAUAAGUGGAGCAAGCAAUAUGAUGGGAAAAGGAACUCAACAAGGAUUCAUGUGCAGUCAGUACCUUGUACGUGAUUUACUGCACUGUCUGAAGGAAUGUCUGGUGGAAGCAAGUGCUGCGUUCUACAGUUCUCUUGCUGUGGAUACUGUGGAUUUAAGGAAAGUUGAAGUUGUAUCGUCUGUUGAACCAGAAUUACUUCAGCAACGCAUGAGCAGACUCUCUGUGUGUGUGAGUGAAGCAGCAUGGCGAUUGCAGCUGUUCACAGAUGCUAAUUUUGCACGGCAAAUUGGCUGCAUCUGUGUUACCGAGCACAUUUCAGCUGUCAGUGACACACAGGAUGACUGGCUGUACCUGAGUGAGGAGAGUGAUAGUGAAGAUGAAAAGGAAGCUGGAAGUCCAUCCCUCUGUAGUGUGCAGAAACCAGCAAGCAAGAGAUCAAAAUCUGAGCCUGAGAAGUCAAGUGAAUCUGGUUCACAUUCCAACAGGUCAGAAGGUGGUGCUGUAACAUCAGCCUCAAAUUAUCACAAAGCGCGCUGGAAUAAGUGUCAGCUGAGGCGUGGUUCAUUUCUUUCCUUUCCAACCAGAAUCAUCAACUUGAUGUUAUCAUCACAGAGUAGUUUAGCUGUUAGGUGUCUCACUCAUGGUGAACUUACCAAAGCAAAACAAGUCAUAGAGAUGUUUGAAGAGGAAGAUAACCCACUUGCACUGGAAGUAAAGUUUAUAGAAGCUUACCAGAGUCUGCUUAAGAAGUUAAGAUGUUGUGUGGAAAGCAAGCAGAGAGAUUCGGAACAAACAAAGGUGUCAGCACUACCAGGAAAGAGGAUGUCUACUUUGGAGAGUAUAAAGAGUGCAGCAAGUGCUGGAAUGCAGUCGACUUUCCUGAUGAACCAAAUGGAGACAUUUUUAUCCGUCACACCCAUUCCUGGUAUUCAGGGAGCUGGUCAAAUUAUAACAGAAUUUCCUCAUGAGGCCACCAUGCUGCAAGGUGUGGAAAAUAAUGUUGCAAUGGCAGCAGUAGACUUAGCCUUAACUUUUGGUGCAACAUAUGAGCAUUCUGCAAGUCUUUUAGAUGUGGCAUAUAAACACUGUGAUAGUCUACAGAAAGGUCUGAACUCUUCAGAUACAAGUGGCUCAAAGUGUCGAAGUAGAAAUGUAGUUCCAGGUUAUAUCCUGUUUACAAAUAAUAUAAUCAGACUUCUGAAAGAAGCAAACAAAUCUCAGUCUUCCAGCAACAUUUUUCCAGCCAAUAUUUCCCUUUGUGAUCUUAUCAGCUCAGAGUAUCUUCCUUUGUCACUGAGGAGUAUGAAGGAUCAUAUAGCUUUUUGGAGCAGUCUACAUGUUGCAACAGUUGAAUUUCAAACAGCUUUGGAUGGUGCAGAUGAUAAAAUACAAAGUGCUUCUAUUAAAUCUUCCUCAUCAAGUACAGGAAUUUCUUCCACAUCUGAUGAUGACUACACAGCAAAAGCACAUGUGGCUUUCAGGAAACUGUUGGAGAUAUGUAAAGGCAAUGGAAGAAGCAGUGGAAAUUAUUUACAUUACCUUCAACAAGUAUAUACAUAUCUUAAGCUGGUCACAUCUCUCCUACAACAGAACCUUCCCUCAAAGCCAGCAUAUCCUAGUACACCGUCGAGAUCUGUGAAGUAUUUUGACAUUUUCAACAAUAGCCUGAGAGCACUACUGGGUCAGCUGGUGUUUGAAUGUGAUAUUUCUCCAUCAGACUUGGAACCUGUAACUCAAAAGCUGAAACUGAAUCUUGUAUACAACAUUGUCCGCAACUGUUGCCCAGAAAUUCCCAACUCAUUUCCAAGGAAUUCCCUGAAUACUGGAAAUGAAUGUGGGAUGAAAUGGGGGAGAAUUAUCUUGAAUAAUUCAGGACAGUGGAGUGGACCAAUUCGACAUCCAGAAGUUACUGUCAGAACUUUGCUGGCUGAUGUUCUUCACAUAAUUCAAGAGCAGAGUGGCAAUUUCACUAACAAAAACAAUAAUUUUUUAAAUAGAGAACACAUAAUUGUUUUGGCUAAAAAUGCUUUUGUGAAGGCUGUUUUGGCAGGUACUUGUGAACUGAGUGUAAUUGAUCUAGACCUACUUGUUCCAGGUGAUGAAACCCUUGUGUUUUAUACAAAUUUGGCUAAUCUUAUGUGGAUUCACAGCCUUCUGAUUUUAGAAACAAGCCCUCAGUCCAUGGAUUUGUCAGUCCCAUUUGAAAGGAUGAAAGAUUAUAGUACUCUCAGUGCUGCAAAUUCUGAAAAGUGGUGGAACACAAAGCUUGGUCUCUUUUCAUCAAACUCACUAGAAAGACAAGUUGUUCAGUUGAGUGUUGGUUAUAAUGUUGGUAAACUAGGUUUCAUUUCACUUCAAGAUGUUUAUGGACUGUUACUGGGUGAACUGACUUUCUUAUCUGCAAUAUCAUUAAGAACAUGUGCUGUGACAGGAAAAUUCCAAAGAGACACUACCUCCUUGUUAACUUCAACAUCAGUUGAUCCCAGGGUUCUGUUUGUAUUGUUAAAUGGGCAGAAACAGUCACCAAAAACACAGGUGUUGUGUGCUGAGAGUGUGGAUAUUCAGUUGGACAGCAGCAUGAGAGAAUUCCUGAACCACAAUGUGAAGUUUGACACUGUAUCUCAGGAGUUGGUCAUACCUGAGCUCCUUCAUUUCUAUCAAGACUAUGUGCAGCUGAACCAGGAACCAGAGAGUCACGUUGCUGUUCCAGCCUUCACAAAUAUGAAGUCACCCCACCAUUUUUCUCUGGAAGAAGAUGAUACUCGAAGAAGCACUUUCUACAGCAGAGAGCGACUUACUCAGCUAGUUGACUUCCUUCGAGAUAACACUGAUGGGCAGCUACAGAUUGAGAUUAGCCAGUUUGCUAGUACUCUGUCAAUCUCACAAUUAGAGACUGCUGGGACAGUUGUGAAAAUUGAGAAGCCCAACAAUGAGUUUGGCAUCUUGCUGGAUUACAGCAGGGUUGAAAAUGAUGCUUCUGCUACUGUUUCCAAGUCUAAUGAAAAUUGCGACCUCUGUGAAGACUUGUGGAAGCACAGAGUAGUUCGAGAUUCUGUUCUGAAGUUCAUGGAGUGUCACUGUUGGGUGUUAUCAUUAUUGGUCCAAAAGAUACAUCAGGAGAAAUCUCUUCAUGCCUCACCAGCAAAUGAAAUAUUAUCGCAUAAAAUGACUGAUGAGCGGACUAAGUGUCUCGAGCGGCUCUUCAGAUCAAAGUGGGUGGAUGCAUUAAAACCAGUUUUCCAGAAUAAUGUAAUUGUUGCUGCACUGCAUUCAAAACCUGGUAUGGUAGAACUGUGGGGCUUAUUGAAUAGUCUUGUAAAGAAGCAAGAAUGGCACCAGUGUGCUGAGAUAAUAUGGGCACUUCCUGAAACUGAAUUACUGGAUGACCCAAAACUGCAGAAAUUUCAUGAUGUAGUCAUGUAUGAACAGGCCUCAACGUUACCAGAUGAAGAAAGCGCCAGUCCCUGGUGGUACUGUCAGCAUAUAGGAGAUAUGUCUGUCCAGGCACAGUGCUUGUUGCAGCAUCUGCCUCAGUGGCCAGGUCAUGGUUGUCAAGAUGCUCUGAAGGCAUUGCUGGAACAUCAUCAUCAAACACUGUCUCCAGGACUUAAAUCGCAAUUGCAAGAGAUGUUACAGAGAAUUUCCAUCUAUGAAAAGGUCCUUCCCUUUGCUUCUUCUGCUGGUAUGAAGACAUGGUAUGAUGUCAGCUGUACAUCAAAGGAGAACCCUUCUUUCAUUCUGGAGCUACUGAUGGAAGCUAAGGCAUUUCAGGUAUGCCUUGAAUGGGCAAAAUUACAUAAUAUUGCCACACAUAGUCAGCACCAUGUUGACUCCAGGUUUUUACUUCUUUUCUUGGAGCAUGAACUUCCAGAUUUCUCAUCUGCUGCAAAGCUGUUGGAAUCUUUGCCAGUCCAGCAAACUGUUGCCAUCUGUAAUGAACUUAUUCAACAACUAAGAUCAAUUUCAUGCCUGAAGUUCAUAACCACAUUCUUACUAAAUUCUUGUUCCUCAAAUUUAUCAACCAAGCAACUGAGUGAAUAUCAGAACUUAUCAAUUGGCAUUCAAAUGAUGACAGUUCUACCAUAUUUGGAACAAGUGCAGCACUGGGAACUAAUUGGGCAGCCACAUUUAAUUAUGGAACAGUUCAUCAUGAACACACGGCUGGAGAUGUUAGAGAAAAUGGUCUCUGAAGUUUAUCCACUCAUAACUCAGCUUCCUGCUACUUCUCCUAUGUCCCUGACUAAUAUUGAUUCCAUGCUAAGACACUAUGCCAGCAAAGCCCUGGAGUUUAGAGUAGCUCAGUGUCCAGCGUCAUGUCGAACUCUACCUGCUGAGGAGAGAUUAUUGGUUUCGCUGUCAUUGGGAUCUGCACACAGUGAAGACUUUGUAAUGCCAGCAGCAGUUCCUUCCAAGAAUGAAUGGGUGCCAAAUGAUGAGGUUACAGAAUGCAUGUGUUGUCAGUCUGUGGCUUUCUCUAUGUUUAACCGUCGACAUCACUGCAGAAGGUGUGGCCGUGUUAUCUGUGGAUCCUGCUCCACUCAGAGGACCAAGGUUAUGGGAUAUGACAGUGUAGCAGUUAGAGUAUGUGAUGAUUGUCAUCAGCAGAUGGUAAAUGAUUCAGAACUGUCAAUAAGCCCAGUGUGUGGUGAGAAUCAGCCAUCAAUCUUACUGAACUUGGAAAAUUCAGUAAAUUCUAACUUGACAUGGAGGCUGACAACAGAUGAGGCCUACAACACUACCCUUCGAGAAGAAUUUGGUUUUGAGCAUGCACCUAGCGUUUCUCUAUGCUUGGCCAUUCUUAAGCUUCAUUCAGAACAUGUAGGAUAUCCUAGGUUUCUGUUGGAUGCUUGUGAUCGAAUGCUGCGACUCUUGCAACCUGUAGGCCCAGGCACUGCAAAUCCUGAAGUGGACUACAGCGUUGUCAUACGUAUGGUUAGGUCUCUUGUGGUGGCUGCUAAGGUGAAGCAUGCAAGAUCUGGUCUGAACACUGGAGUUGCUCAUUGUGACCAACUCUUGAGCCAGGUGGAUUUGCUCAACAUGCUCGUGAAGAGUGGUUGCUCUGCCCUAAUUCCAGCAGAGCCACUGAAUGGUCAUGCCUUGCGCCACCUGCGUGAUCGCUUGGUGGAGGAGGAGCUAUGGAUGCUUGCCAUGGAGGUGUCUACAAAGAGUGGCCUUGAUCGGAAUGGAGUUUGGGCAGCAUGGGGAAAAGCAUGUUUGAGAGCAGGCUGUUGGGAUGAGGCACGCGAAAAGUUUUCCCAUUGUCUUGAAAAAGUGUCCCUGGGACCAGACUCGGCUCGUCCUCCUCGAAGCCCUCCCUUACUUAAUGAGAUAAUACAAAUCUUAAAGGAGGGAGCAUACACAGUAGACCGCAAAGUGUUACAGCAAGCUGACAAGAUUCGAGCUUCAAGAGCUGUACCGGUUGUGCUUCUCACAUCACCAGCCCUAACGGUACUCCAUUCCUUGUCAUCACUAAAGGAAGUUGCACAUGGCAAUUAUCCACAAACAACACCACCAUUGAACACUGUUGUGAUUGGUCCCAAAUUAGAUCCCUUAUUUUAUGAAGAGUGUCGCUACUAUCUCACAUCAUAUGGUAGUCAUGCAGGAAUCAUCAGCUUCUACCUCAGUCAUGAUGAUCUGGUAGAAGCUUUAAAACACGUUCUUUCUCAGAAAGUAGAUCCAGAGGUAUUUCUUGACAUGAUAUACAUUCCUUGUUUACGCCAAGGUCUCAUCUCAGAUCUGCAUCAGGAGCUAUCAGCCGUUGAUCCGACACAUGAAGUAUGGAAGUUGUACCUGUGCCAUGUAUGCUAUCAUUUCGAGAAACAGGGCUUGCUGAAUGUGCUGUACCAAUUGCAAGUCUACAUGCAUGAUUAUGUUCGUGCAGCAAUGACAUGCAUACGGUUUUAUCAGAAGGGAGCAAGAAAUUACAGUGACUUGGCUUCCAAUCUUGAGCAUCUCUAUAGAGCUCAGAGCCACCUGGAAAAUGAACUUUUGACAGCUCAGUGGGAAACCAGCACUAGAUCUUCACCAGUGCAGAAAAUGGGAAGUGCAUUGCAGUUGGCAAUGAAACUGGACCCAAGAGAAGUUAAUCACCAUUUAAGUACUAUCUUUCGGCAAAUAGAGGUGACCAAAUUCUUGAACAGCUGUGAGAGAGAACAGCGUCAUGUUAUGGACUUAAUACCAGAAUUACUUCAACUUAUGCAAACAAGUGGAAUUCUUGGCACCAAAGUUCCAUCAUAUUCAGUUCCUACUUUAUUUGGAGCCAAUAUAGAACGUAUGCAGCUUGCAGUGUUGGCUAUUCUUUGUGGGAAAAAUGUCGAGGAAGGUUUUGGCCUUGCUUUCAGGAUUAUUGAGGACUACCAUCUGAAAGCAUCACAGAUUUACAGCUUGGCUGGAAUGAAGUUAGCACAUGAUUACUGCCUUCCAGACAUAGAACAACUGAUUUCUUGCAUUCAGAGCUCAGGAGUGUCUGACACCAGUCCUGUGUGUGAUACUGUUCUUGUCCUUUGUGUGCAAGCAUUGUCUGAGAAAGAGAAUCCAGGAGAUACUGAAUCCUUGAUUAAAUUGAUUGUUGAUCCAGGGAACAAGAUCUCAGCAUACAUCAAGUGCCAUCAACUGAAGUCUGCAUAUCUACUGGCAGUGAAGUACAAUCGGUUGGAAGAUGUACGCAAAAUACUGCAUGAAGCUGAGAAACUUGGACAGACAAAAAUACAACAAAUUUGCCUCAGAAGGUUAGGUCAGCAAGCUGGGACAUGACCAUUUCUGAAUUCAGAAUCUUCAUUUUGCACAAAAGUGCAGACAUGCACUUAAGUAAUAUAUCUUGUGUACUUGGUAUGAUUAUUCACUUCUCACAGAUUUGUUUCAAAUCUUCUCUGAACCUUAAAAUGGCAUCAGCAGUAUAAGAAACAUUAAUGAAGUGGCAGUCCCAUGUAAAAUGACAUGCUAUUGCUGGGUUUUUAGAAUCAUUGCAUUACCUUAAGUAAAGGUAUCCCUGUAACAGGCCGUGGAGCCCCAUAGGGUUGUGAGAUGUUGAGGUUCCCACAUUUUCUA